AUGUCUCAAGCAAGCGAAACCAUCAUAAUUGUCGGAGCAGGCAUCGUCGGCUCCGCCCUGGCUCACUUCUUAACAUCGUCACCGACUUCACGAAAUAUCGCAAUCAUUGACCGUUCUUUCAGUCCCCUCCUCGGGUCAACAGGCCACGCCCCCGGCUUCGUCGGUCAAUUCAACGAGUCUCAAGUUCUCACCAAGCUGGCUGUCGAGUCUGUGUUGGAAUACAACAAAAUCCCCGGCGGAUUCGACACCGUGGGCGGCCUAGAGGUCGCCUUUCAGCACGCGGGGUGUGAACGGCUCCGAUCGAGAUGUGCGAGUGCCACGCAACUCGGUCUAGCUGCUGAGGUGCUGAGUAUGGGGGAAGCGCAUGCACUGGCGCCAGAGCUGGUCAAUAUGUCGGAUUCGGGGGCGGCGGUCUUCUUCCCAACCGACGGGACUGCGAAUGCGGGCAGGAUUACCUCGUUUUACCAGGACGAGGCAGAAAAGUCGGGAAGCCACUUCGUGCAGGGCGACGUCGAGAAGUUGCUACUCACCUCGGAUGGCCGAAUCAAGGGCGUCCAAGUCCUAUACAAUGGCUCCGUGAAGCAACUCGAUGCCGACAAGGUCAUCAUCACAACAGGAAUAUGGGCACAAGACCUCUGCCGAGAUCUCGACUUCCCCGUCCCCGUCAUCCCAGUCGGGCAUCCAUACAUGCACGGCCAGGAACGAAAUCCUCUGCCCCGCAAAUCGCCAUUCGUACGCUGGCCGGAACACCACGUCUACGCCAGAGACCACGGGUCGCAAUACGGCCUCGGCAGCUACGACCAUCAGCCCGUGGGAUGCAGGUCGACCGACGGCACCGCCAUCGGAGACUGGAUCCCAGAUUUCCAACAGACGCUCAAGUCGGCAAAGCGUCUGUUACCUCCGGCCGCCGCCGCAGAGUUUGAGCACGGGAAAAGUUUCAAUGGGAUAUUCUCCAUGACGCCCGAUAACAUGCCGCUUGCUGGCGCGGUUCGGUCGACGCCUGGCCUGCAUAUGGCUGUUGCGGUUUGGGUCACUCACGCAGCUGGUACGGCCAAGUUUCUGGCGAGGCUCAUUGAUGAGGCUGCUGUGGAUCAGGCGACGUUGGCAGCUCUACAACCCGAGAGAUUCGCUGGUCAGGACUUUGCAAUCCUGGAAGAACAAUCGCUUUGUGGUUAUAACUCCAUUUACAAGACUGUGGCCAAGUAA